AUGAGUCGAAAAUGGCAGCCACCGUUAACUACAUUAGAACGAGGUUUGCAUGGGUUAAACUUAGAGAAUGUUUCUAUGGAUACAGUGGCAACAUCUGCUCGAUUCGUAUUUGACGGUGGGCCUUCUACAGAGCCAUUGGUUCCUCCGAUAUAUCACGCCUCGACAUACAAACUCAAGUCAGUGGAUGAUUACCUGAAAAUAUUGGACGAGGGUGGUUACAUAUAUUCCAGGCUGAACAAUUUUACAUGCGAUUCCGUUCAAGCAGCUAUCAAUGUAAUAGAAGGAGGAAAGGGUACUCUUGUGUUUAAUACAGGGAUGUCAGCAAUCAGCACAGCUUUGUUCUGCUUUCUGAAAUCAGGGGAUCACAUUAUAAUUUGUAAUCCAGUAUACAGCGGAAUAUACGACAUAGCAGUAAACAUGUUUCCGAAGUUCAACAUAGAAGUUUCCUUUGUCCAAGCAGGAAGUUCUGUAGAAGAAUACACGAAACAGAUCAAGCCAAAUACAAAGAUGUUGUACGGUGAAACCCCUUGUAAUCCAAAUAUGGCUAUCCUAGACCUGGAAGAAUUUGGAAAAUUGGGAAAAUCUAGAAAUAUAUUGACAAUGGUAGAUAACACAUUUGCUAGUCCCUAUCUUCAGCCUGUUAUUAAAUAUGGAAUUGAUAUAUCUAUGCACAGUUGCACGAAAUAUUUAGGCGGACACAGUGAUUUGAUAGCAGGUAGUUUGACAUUCAGUAGCGUGGAACUUUGGCAGACAACGAUCAGAUACCAAACAACAUUAGGAGCCAGUCUUUCUCCACAUGAUGCCAGUUUAUUGCUGAGGGGUAUUAAAACAUUACCAUUGAGAAUGGAACGUCAUAGUUCAAAUGCAAUGAAGGUAGCAAAGUACCUUGAGAAACAUCCAAAGAUAAAUUAUGUAUUGUAUCCUGGACUAGAGUCGCAUCCUCAUCAUCAGAUUGCUAAGAAACAGAUGAAAUCCUUUAGUGGCAUGAUGUCGGUAGAGGCCAAAGGGGGACUGGGAGGAGGAAGAAUAUUAGCUGAGAAUCUAAGGAUUGUACAGCUUGCAGUGUCUUUAGGUGGCGUAGAAAGUCUAAUACAACACCCGGCUACUAUGACUCAUGGACCAAUGUUAAUGUCAGAUGAAGACAGAAGAAGUGGAGGAAUAACAGAUGGAAUGGUUAGAAUAAGUAUUGGUAUCGAGGACCCAGACGACUUAAUUGCUGAUUUCAAACAAGCCCUGGAUAAAAUCCCUGAAAGUCUUUGUGCUGAGACUUAAAGGAGCGAAUAAGUGAAAUCACACAUCUGAUGAUUUGUAACAAAGUGUCUUAGAUAUUUUAUAUGAAUAUGUUUUUUUAAUAUAUAUGAACAUUUUUGUAACAUUGCUUAUACUUUAAUAAAUAUUCAUUGAUAACAA